UGUCAGCUUGUACUCGCCCCUCUCUUCUCCUCUCCUCUUCAACUUCCAGCGCAAUUUGAUCUACUCCCAACAACCGACCACACUCACAAAGUUUCCACUCUUCGUCUUAUUUAUUCCUCUGCAUUACGCGCAAUUUAAUCAUCGCCUCCUUCAUUAAAAAAGGAUUUCUAGUUUCAAUUUCCACACUGCGGUUCGAUCGCCGGCCGUCACUCGCCAUGCCGACGCUCAACGGUACUGAAUGCGGAGGGAAGCGCGAAGUGCUCUUGCUCUUGCUGGCUCUUGCUUUUUCUUCCCACUUUAUGCUCCUGAUGGCGGUAUUCGGCAAUGCGGCGGAGGAUAUUCCGGCCGGGCGUCAGAUUGACGGUCUGCGAUAUUCCCGCCGGCGAGUGCUCGCCGCUGGGCAGUAUUGCGAGGGCACUCUGUACCCGGAUCUCUGCGUUUCGACGGUUUCUUCCGUUCCGGGCUUGCACGGCAAGUCCCUGCCCGAGGUGAUCUGCCACACGGUCAACUCCACCGCCGGCGCCGUGCGCAACGCCGCCUGGAACAUCACCAACUACCUCCGCCGCCGCGGAGGCUACCUUGAGGCCCGCCAGCGCCUCGCGCUGGCUGACUGCCUCGAGCUCUUCGCGCAGACUCUCGACGAGCUCGAGGCGGCGUCCGGGGGGCUCGCUGGCGGCGACCCGGGCGACCGCGUGGACGACGUCGAGACGGUACUCUCCGCCGCCAUCACCAACCAGUACACCUGCCUCGACGGCUUCGCCUACGUGGGCCGCGGCGGCGGGUACCGCCCCGCCAUCGAGCGGCGGCUCCUCCACGUCUCCCGCCUCGUCAGCAACUCGCUGGCGAUGGUGAAGCGCAUCCGGCGGCGCCGCCGCCGGGUGACGCUGGAGGCGGUCGACGCGAGGGGAUUCCCGGCGUGGGUGCCGGCGAGGGACCGGAAGCUACUGCAGGCGCCGGCGGCGAACGCGACGACGACGCCGAUCGCCCCCAAUCUGGUGGUCGCCAAGGACGGGAGCGGGAACUUCACGACGAUAAGCGACGCGGUGGCGGCUGCGCCGAACAACACGGCGGGGAGGUUCGUGAUCUACGUGAAGGCGGGGGCGUACUUCGAGAACGUGGAGGUGAGCAAGAGCAAGACGAACCUGAUGAUGAUCGGCGACGGCAUCGGGAAGACGGUGGUGAAGGCAAGCCGUAACGUGGUCGACGGAUGGACCACCUUCCGAUCCGCUACCUUCGCGGUGGUGGGGAACGGGUUCCUGAUGCGAGAUAUGACGAUCGAGAAUGCGGCGGGGCCGAGCAAGCACCAGGCGGUGGCGCUCCGCGUCUCCGCCGACCUCUCCGCCUUCUACCGGUGCAGCUUCGUGGGGUACCAGGACACGCUCUACGUCCACUCCCUCCGCCAGUUCUACCGCGACUGCAACGUCUACGGCACCAUCGACUUCGUCUUCGGCAACGCCGCCGUGGUGCUGCAGGGCUGCAGCCUCUACGCGCGGCGCCCGCUGCCCAACCAGCAGAACAUCUUCACGGCGCAGGGGCGGGAGGACCCUAACCAGAACACCGGCAUCUCCGUCCAGAAGUGCAAGGUGGCGGCGGCCGCCGACCUCAUCCCGGUGCAGGCCAACUUCUCCACCUUCCUCGGCCGGCCGUGGAAGGAGUACUCCCGGACCGUGUUCAUGCAGUCGUACCUCGAUAGCUUGAUCGAUCCGGCGGGGUGGAUGCCGUGGAACGGCUCCUUCGCGCUCGACUCGCUGUACUACGGCGAGUACAUGAACCGGGGGCCGGGGGCGAACACCACCAACCGGGUGGCGUGGCCGGGGUUCAGGGUCAUCACCACCGCGGCGGAGGCCGGCAACUUCACGGUGGCGGAGUUCAUCCAGGGCGCCCAGUGGCUGGCCUCCACUUCGAUGCCGAUUACUUUAGGCUUGAAUUAACUAAUAAUUAAAUCGAUUUAUGGCCUAAUUCCAUGAAUUAAAGCUCCUCGAUCAUCUCCCUGUCUGCAAUUUCCGUAGCCUUUAUUUAAUUGCAAGUGCGGAAUAAAGUUGAUUUUUCAAAAA